CCUCUAAUAAGAGCGUGGCGAAGGGGGGGCCACGCUUCUUGUCAGAACUUCAGCCUGCUCAUCGCUCACGAAACCUUCAAGAUGGUGGACGCCUUCUGUGCUACUUGGAAGCUGGUGGACAGUGAAAACUUUGAUGAGUACAUGAAAGCUCUCGGCGUGGGCUUCGCCACCCGACAAGUGGGCAACGUGACCAAGCCCACGGUGAUCAUCAGCCAGGACGGCGACAAGGUGAGCAUCCGCACGCAGAGCACCUUCAAGAACACCGAGAUCUCCUUCAAGCUGGGAGAGGAGUUCGACGAGACCACCGCCGAUGACAGGAACUGCAAAUCCACGGUGAGCAUGGACGGAGACAAGCUAGUCCACGUGCAGAAGUGGGACGGCAAGGAGACCAAGUUUGUCAGGGAGAUCAAGGACGGCAAGCUGGUGAUGAACUUGACCUUCGAGGACAUCCACGCUGUCCGCACCUACGAGAAGGCGUAGACAUCUUCAUCACUGUCGUCCUCCUCAAGCAGGCUGCACAUGUUUGUUUUGUUUUUUAAAAAAGCAAUUCUUUUUUUUUUUUUAUAUGGAAACAUUUGUGACACACUGAUUUGAUUGUCUUUGCAAAUUUGUGAAAUAAAGCAAAGGAGAAAUUUCAA